AUGAGGAACCUGCUAUCGCCGCUAGCACGGUGGCUUCGAACCCUCAGAAUGAGGAACCUGCCAUCGCCGCUAGCACGGUGGCUUCGAACCCUCAGAAUGAGGAACCUGCCAUCGCCGCUACCACGGCGGCAUCGAACCCUCAGAAUGAACCUGCCAUCGCCGCUAGCACGGUGGCUUCGAACCCUCAGAAUGAGGAACCUGCCAUCGCCGCUACCACGGCGGCGUCGAACCCUCAGAAUGAGGAAUCUUCAACUUCCACGACCUCAGUGGAAGCGAACCCUCAGAUAG